AAAAAGAAGUUGAAGUUAAAAGAGAAGAAAAGGAAGAAACUAAAGAAGAAAAAAGAGAAAAGUAUAAGGAAAAAGUACCUGCGAGAAUCGGAAAAAUCGUAGGAGAAACCGAAGAUGAAGACGACGACAACGAAGCUGACGAAGAUAAAGAAGAUAACGAUGAUGACGAUGAGAUGAUUAAAGAAGACGUAGAAGAACUUACCAAAAAAAGUAAAGACCUAGAUUACGCCUGUGAAUUGUGGAUAAAGAAAGUUGAAGGAUUUAGAAUAUGGGAAUGGCGUUGGAAACGUGCGGAAGAUGGCGAUUCGAAAGAACAAUUCGAUCCUAACGAGGAUGAUUUUGAUAAAAAUAAGAGAGAAGAAUUCAUACCACCUCGAGUUCCGAUAUUUGACACUGCCCCUGGUCAAGUCGUAGAAGGUCCAUGGAAUUAG